AUGAGGCUGAUCCUGUUCCUCGUGGUUUGCGAAUUCACUUGGUCAUAUCGUCCGGAGAGCCAGGUAGAGCUCGGCAGAGACGAGGAGAUUUGCCGAGAGGUGGAUGCUAGCAGCUUCUGCAACCUCAUCCUGGAUGAUGGAGACUGUGUGCGACUGCCUGUUGGUGGCAUUCGCCUUCGCGAGAGGAGCUGCCAUUUGCAGGGGCCAAAGGAGGGAUUAGCCAGAGUGCUUCCCAACGAGAAGGACAAGGAGACGGUCACAGUGCGCGCUGUCAAUGCGGUCGUCAAUAUUAGUGGAGCGUUCCAAUUCUACCGUGUCCGCCUCGACGCCAAGCAACUGCAGCUGCAUGGAGCCAGGCUCAGUUUCCGGAAGACGUCGAUUCUGCAAAAGAUCAUUGAGUCCACAUCAUCAACGCCCAAGACUCACACGGCAACGACGACAACCAAACCUGCAAGCCGCAAAUCCAAGUUUCUGAAGAGAGGAUCUCGUACUUCCCGUUGGAAGCCACAAGUCACGAAGAAGCGGGACAAAGAUGGCGGCGCCCUCCGAGCCGACAGGGGCGGCAUGAAACUGGUGGACUCCACACUUGAGGUGUUUGAAUCAGAAGCGCGGUAUGGGGGUGCUAUAGCACUGUCCUCGCAGUCGCAGCUCUCUUUGGUCAACUCCACCAUUGUAACGGAGCAGACCUUUGCUACUGCUGGCGGCAGCAUCCAUGCUCCAAAUACCCGCCUGGCGCACAACUCCCAUAUCGUCAUCUCGCAUUCUGUGGCGGCGUCAUACGGAGGCGGAAUCUCGGCACUUCGGCUCCUGGUCUCAAAGAGCAAUUCUUCCAUUUCCAUUCGCAAUGCCACCGCCAAUAGCUAUGCCGGAGGAGUGGAUGCUGGGCGCCUGGUCCUCCACGACUCUGUGUUGCGCAUUUCCAGAGCCCGGGCAUCUGGAGCAGCAUGCAAAGGUGCUGCAAUCUCAGUGUUUGUCAUGAUUGGACAGAACACCACAGUAGAGAUCGAUGACGCGCGCAGCGGUGAGAAUGGCGCAUGCAUCAACGCCAUGAAAUCUUUAACGCUGAAAGGCUCGUCCAUCGUUGCCUCUGGCUGCCACACAGGAUUAAAGGGCUCUGUGGCAGUGGGCGCACUGCUGCAGUUGGACAAUAGCACCGUGGAGAUCUCGAAUAGCACUGCGAAGUUCGGGGGCGGCUGCUUGCUCGCCGAGAAGGUGCGUAUGACACACUCCAACUUGCGGUGCCUGCGGGUUGUGUCGGAGGUGGGAAGCGAAGCUUUGGAAGUGGCGAACCUCCGCAUGACAGGCAGCCACCUCUCUCUCACAGGGACGGCAAACUCGAGCGGCAAUGCAGUGGAAAUGGGCCGUGAUGCCCAGAAAUGGAAAGAAACGAGACAGCCACCCACCUUCAAGAUGUUCGAAGGCUCAAGCUUGCACAUCGCUGACUUUCACUCCGGCAUACUGUCAGGCUUCAACAACUCUUUGCUCGUGGGGAACGCCAGCUUCCAUCGCCUGAAGCACUACGCGGUGGCCGCACAAGAAGCUCGCCUUCUGAGCGUGAUAGGUGCCAACAUCUCCGACGUGGACGGAGUGGCCUUCUCCUGCGACGGGUGUCGGCGCAUGCGGCUUCUGGAGGUCUCCGGGCAGCGCCUGGGCGCCUUGGCGCGGGGCACCGGGCUGCGCACCUGGCAGCUCCAGCGGCUCCAGGCGGGGUGCCGCUGCGACGUGCCCUGCGUGCAGCUGGCUAUGACGGCCACCGGCUUGAAGGAGGCGACCCAUGGGGCGACCCAUGGGCCCCGGCCCUGGCACCUGGACAUGCGGCUCACCGCCGAGGACGCCAACUUGAAAGAGGCGCCGGUGCUGGUAGACAUAGAGGCGCCGAAGGUUUCAGGCAGCUCCCAAGAGCUGGAGGUGACGUGCCCACCAGGCAGCUUCUCCUUCGUGCAAGAGUCCAGCGGCGUGCAAGAGACGUUGGACAGCUUUGACCUUCUGCACCUCUCCAAAUAUGAAAGGGAUCGGCAGGAGUUCCUGAAGCUGGGAUUCAACGAUACAUGUUGUGCAUCUCCGCGCUUCUUCAAGCGCCAUGCCGAAUUUCGAAGCAGAAACUUCACUGCCCCCUUCUACAUCUUCCCCGCGAUGAAUGUGACAUGUGAUCCUGCAGCCUACGCGUGUGUCUGCACCGACCCGAAGUGUCAUCAGCAAAUCCGACGGACGGCCACAGCCUCCACUCGUGUGUCCUGCAUUGCCUGCCCCAUGGGCCAGUACUCCCUCUUGCCCUCCACGCGACCCUUGAAGGGCGAUCAUGAAGGUCAGAUCAACUUGCCAGCUGGCGCAGGCGGCAGCAGCUGCAUCAGCUGUGACAACAUCGCCAGACAGGUGGGAAAGUCACUGGUCUGCUCUGGAAGCACGGUGCAGGUACCGCGGGGUAUGAUGGCUUUGGAGCAAGACGCAGGAAACUUGACAUUCUUCCGCUGCCCCAACGCACUUGCCUGUCCUGGAGGAAACAUGGCUGCCAAGUCCAGGGCUUGUGCUCUAGGCUACGAAGGCAGCUCCCCUGGCUGCACCACAUGUAUGGAGGGCUUCGGAAAGAAAAACACAGAUCCCUUCGUGUGCAAGCCCUGCGGCCGCCUCUUUCUGGGAUGGGCCUACUUCCUGCUCGUGCCCAUCGUGCCCGUGAUUUUAGCAGUUCGGUCUGCCGGCGAAACCGAGAAAGAGCGAAUGAGCAUGAUGAUCAAAGUGAUCUUGUCCUUCGGAACCUUUGUGGCCAAUGUCCAGAUGGUACUGCAGCAGACAGACAUCUACGACCGCUUCGAGCACGAGUUGAAGCUGACUCUCGGUCUCAUUGCUUCCGAAGAAGUGGCCUCUGAUGCCCUGCUCUCCACCAGCUUCGACUGCUUACUUGGUGCGGCCGGGACGCGAUGGGAUCGUUUGGGCUUCCAAGCAUUCCACCCGGCCCUCUUGCUGAUCAUCUUUGCCUUGAUGGAGCUGUGUGCCCAGAAGGCUUUCCAAGCCUCUUGGGUGCGGUGUUGCAUCGUGCUGGGCAACUCCUUCCUGCCCCCGGUCUUUGCCGCCUUUCUGGAAUGGACACCCUGCUUUCACAUGCAGAAGCGCGAAGAUGGCAGCUUCGACAGCUUUUCCUCCUACAAGACCCAGGAGAGCUGCAACCAUGUCAUGGGCUUCUCCAUGCCGUUGCUGGGUUCCUUGCUGUUGCUGCUGGGCGGCCCGCUGUAUUGGGCUGUGUUGGUGUCGCGGUCCCGGGAUUGGCCGCAGAGGAAGGAGUACAUCGGGUUUCUUAUUGCAGGCUAUUCGGAUCAUUGCGAGUGGUGGGAGAGCACCGUGCUUCUGCGGAAGGCUUUGCUGACCGGGGCCAUGGUCCUUUUGCCUGUCUCCUAUGCACCGAUAUCAUUGGUCAUCAUGACAGCCUGCAUCAUGCUUGCUGCGCUUGUAGGACACCUGGCCAUACGGCCAUAUAAAGAUUCGUUCAUGAACGUGCUGGAGGGGUCAGUCCUCACAUAUUCCAUGGUGGCAUUGAUCAUGACUCUGUACCUGAUGUCCAAAAAUUGGACCAGCACAAACAAGGUUGUGGUCUUCAUCGUGCUGGUGCUCUCCAACGCAGUGACGUGCAUCGCGUUGCUUGUUGUCUUCUUGCUGGUCGCCCUGCGCGGCACGAAGGAGAAAUCUGCCGAGGAAAGUUGA